CGUCCGCACCACUCAAACAGACGCUAGCUGGCUAAUGGUGCUUUCAACCGAUGGCACACCACACGACCAUCGUAUUCUCGGCGGCAGCGGCGCUGCUGCUGCUGCUGCUAGCGCCGUGUGCCGAAGCAGCAGCAUCACCGGCGCCGGUGAUAGGGAUGCCGGGCUGCGAGACCAGGUGCGGCGACAUGGUCGUGCCGUAUCCGUUCGGCAUGGGCCCGUCCUACUGCUACCUGCCGGGGUUUAACCUCACUUGCGAUUGGUUAAGCGACCCACCCCGGCCCCUCCUCGGCGACGGCACCCUCCAGGUCGCCGAAGACAUCGGCUACCCCAGCGAUGCCACGUUAGCCGUCGUCCACGCCCGCAACAUCCCACCGACGGCAACGGGCAUGGCAGGCUCGGCGGUGGCCUUGGCGAUGGCGGGCCGUACGCGCUGCCGCCGGCCGGGAACCAGCUCGUCAGGUCUGGGGAGCAGCAUGCUCUGCUCCGGCAUGGGCUGCUGCCAGGCGCCCAUCGUCGUCAACUGCGAGGUGGCCGCCGGAGGAAAGCUCGCCCCCAUCACGUCCUACGACGUGGAGCUCGAGUCCUUUGGGCGGAACCGCAGCGACGGCCAGCGGUGGCCCGCACGCGUCUUCGUCGCCAAGAAAGGCUGGAUCACGACAUGGAGCGCCUCUAAACAACUGUCGUCGGACCCGCAAGCCGCCGCGGACAUGGAAGUUCCCCUUUGGCUCAACUGGGAGAAUCUGCAAGAGCAACCAGCCAACCACACGCGCUGCACAAGAGGUGACAGAGGCGGCUACUUGUGCUCCUGUAAGCAAGGUUACCAGGGCAAUGCCUACAUCACCAACGGAUGCCAAGACAUCGACGAGUGCAAGCAUGCAGAAUUCCAAAUCAAUAGGUGCCAUGGUCAAUGUACCAACACGGAUGGUGCAUUUCAGUGUCGGUGUCCACAAGGAACCCAUGGCGACCCCUACAUGCCCGGUGGUUGCUUUAGUCUCCUCACAGAUAGCUGUAGCAGGUUAUGUGGCAACAUGAGUGUGCCAUACCCAUUCGGCAUUGGCUCGCACAAGUGCUAUCUGCCAGGGUUCAACCUCACCUGUGACACAAGCUACAACCCCGCACGACUGAUGCUCGGCACUCUUCAAGUUGUUGACAUCUCCCUCCACAAUAGCACCGUGCGAGUCAUCAACAGCAACCGAGUGCAUGGCAUCUAUGGCGGGGUAGCCAGUGUUAAUGUUAUCGAUUUUGGGAUUAGCCAUGGAGACAAUGUGCCCUACCCGUUAUCAACUCGCACUGAGCUUAUCGUCAUUGGCUGCGGGGUGCAGGCAGGGUUGUCCAGUGCUGGCAAUAACCGGGUCAUCAUUAGUAGUUGCUCCUCCUUCUGCUCCUCAAACAAGAGUAGAGCCUAUGAUGCAAGGUCAUCUCCCAAUAUCGAUGACAACGGUGAGUACUGCUACGGCAAUGGAUGCUGCCAGGCCCAGAUCACCAUGUCUAGGGACGGCAUGGCUAGUGAAUUCUGGAUUGAUUGGAUGGACCCUAAUAGCGUAUGGGAUGAGGCAUUGCCGCAUUCAUACGCACUCAUUGCAGAGGAAGGGUGGUUCAACAAGCAUUGGGUCUACUCCCAGCUGUCACGGUCACUGUCAACAAAAUAUCUCGCUCCUAGGUUGGAGGUUCAAAUUGUUCUAGACUGGGAAAUAUUGCAGUUGCAACCUAUUAACUCACAUGCACCAGCCAAUGUGAGUUGGCAUCACCAGUAUGCCAUGUGUCCCGGCAUCUGUAGGAGCAAGAAUAGCCUCUGCAAACCAAGGAUCAAAGGUUAUUCAUGCCAUUGUAGUGACGGUUACGACGGCAACCCUUACACCGCGGAUGGAUGUAAAGGCAGUCGCCGCAAACAGUUUAAAGGUACGAGCGCCGUUGUAGGAGUUGUUGUUGCUGCAGCUGGAGUCGUACUUCUGUUUCUGCUUGGGUUGUUGAUUAUGAAGAAACUAAAAUACGAGAGGGCUAAAAUGUUAAAGCGCAAGUUCUUCAAACAAAAUCACGGACAAUUAUUGCAACAGUUUGCAUCCCAAAGUGCUGGUAUUGCAGAAAGGAUGAUCAUAACCUUGGAAGAGCUAGAGAAGGCAACACACUAUUUUGAUAAUGAUCUCGUCGUUGGAGGUGGGGGACAUGGUAUUGUUUACAAAGGGAUUUUAUCGAACCAACAUAUUGUAGCCAUCAAGAAACCCAAAAACGUGGUGCGGAUGGAUAUCAAUGAGUUUAUCAAUGAGGUAGCUAUCCUAUCACAAAUCAACCAUAGAAAUGUUGUUAAACUAUAUGGUUGUUGCCUUGAAACUGAAGUCCCAAUGUUGGUCUAUGAGUUCAUAUCUAAUGGAACCCUUUACGAGCAUCUUCAUGUAGAAGGACCAAAAUCAUUGUCUUGGGAUAACAGGUUGCAGAUAGCCAUUGAGGCAGCAAAAUCCCUAGCAUAUCUUCACUCGGCUGCUUCAAUCCCUAUAAUCCAUAGGGAUGUCAAGAGUGCUAACAUAUGGUUGGAUGAUACUCUGACGGCAAAGGUAGCAGAUUUUGGAGCUUCAAAGUACAUUCCGAUGGAUAUAUCUGGGGUUACCACAAGGGCGCAAGGUACGAGAGGAUAUUGGGAUCCUAUGUACUUUUACACAGGCCGAUUAACUGAGAAAAGUGAUGUUUACAGCUUUGGAGUCGUCCUUGUGGAACUGCUAACCAGGAAGAAACCAUUUUCAUAUUUGUCCUCAAAUGACGAGAGCCUUGUUGCACAUUUUGUUACCUUGUUUGAAGGAGCAGCACUAUUUCAGAUCUUAGAUCCGCAAGUUAUGGAGGAAGGUGGCAAAGAGGUCGAAAAAGUUGCUAGUAUCGCGGUUGCAUGUGUAAAGUUAACUAGAGAGGAUCGUCCGACCAUGAGGCAAGUGGAGUUAACACUAGAAGGCACACGUGUGCCUAGGGAGGGCACUUCAGAUAAUGCAUCUCCAUCCACAGAAGUUGAAAGCAACACUGGGGGAUCUACCAGACGACACAGCAUGGAACUUGAGUUCAGAUUAUCUGCAGAGCGCCCUCGAUAGUUUUGCAUAUUUGAAGAUGAGUGAAGAUCAGUGAUUUCCUU